AUGUUAAUGCAGAGGUUAUGGAAGGAAGGAUAUGAAUGGGACAGUCCCAUAUCGUCAGAACUAGCAUCAGCAUGGGCCCUAUUUGCCUCCGAAUUACCCCUUGUCUCCGGUAUCCGGAUUGCACGUCAUAUCCCGGUUCAAUCAAGUAGCCACGCGCAAUUGAUUGGGUUCUCCGAUGCUUCACUGAAAGGCUACGCCGCGGUCGUAUACCUCCGACUUUUGUAUGUCAACGCGUCACCCACCAUACAUCUUAUUACCGCCAAAUCUAAAGUAGCGCCAUUAAAGUCAGGUCAGGCGGAUGAACUUCUAUCUGUCCCACGGCUGGAGUUGUGUGGCGCGCUGCUGUUGGCACAAGUUCUACAGCGCGUACAAGGGACCAUGGCAUCCGUGGUGACAUUGUCGUCAAUUCACGCGUGGACUGAUUCAACAGUCGUUUUAUCCUGGUUGACGAAUGUGCAAGUACAAUACAAAAUAUUCGUCACCAACAGACUCAACAAGAUCAAGGAACUAAUUCCGACAUGCGAAUGGCACCACGUGGUUACUUCCCAAAAUCCUGCUGAUUGCGUAUCCCGCGGAAUGUUCCCGAAGGAUGCGUUGGACCAUCGUUUGUAUUGGGAUGGUCCUUCAUGGUUGUACGAGCCCAAUGAUGAAUGGUCAUCCGCCACUUUCCAACCUUUAGCUCCCCAUGAGGUACCAGAACAGGCAAGCCACACACUAAGUGCAGUGACACUCGCCACCCAUGUAGAUGACCCCGAGUGGUUCAAAAGAUUUUCUUCAUUGACAAGACUUCAGCGUGUCAUUUCAUACAUGCACCGGUUCAUUGAUCGCGCCCGAAAACGACAGUCAGUACUUGGAUAUAUUCGACAUACCGAACUCGAACGUUCAUUGUUUCUGGUUAUACGGCUGACGCAGGAUCAACAUUUCUCGGCGCUCAGAAAAUCACUCACGUCAGUACCUCCUGAAGCUUCUCCGAUAUCACUCGCUAGACUGUCUCCCUAUAUUGACUCAGAAGGAAUAAUUCGCGUGGGUGGCCGUCUGCGGCACUCCGUACUACACGAUGACGCCAAAAAUCCCAUUUUAUUACCAAAAGUGUGUUCCUUGUCUACACUUUUAAUCCGACACUAUCAUCUGCAAUAUCUUCAUGCCGGCCCACAGCUUAUAUCGUCCUUACUCGUGCAACGAUAUUGGAUCAUGUCAGCCAGGGCCGCUAUCCGUCGCAUAACAUUUAAAUGUAUUAGCUGCACUCGUCAAAAGGCUACCGCGCCCAUACCAAUAAUGGCAGACCUGCCGCCCGCCAGAGUGCGUCCAUCCCGGCCAUUCGCUCACGUGGGGGUGGACUAUGCGGGACCGUUCCUGAUCAAGGAAGGGAGGCGGAAACAAGCACGCUCCGUCAAAGGGUAUCUAGCCUUGUUCGUUUGUAUGGUGAUUAAAGCGGUCCACAUUGAGGUUGUUUCGGACUUGACCACCGACGCGUUCAUUGCUGCAUUACAUAGAUUCGUGUCGCGACGGGGACUCCCGUCAGAUAUAUAUUCAGACUGUGGUACCAAUUUCAAGGGAGCAAAUCGUGAUCUCCAACGUUUGUUUUCUGAACCCGCAGCGCAGGAAUUGUACUCCGGUGCCAUC